GCGGCGGCGGUGGCUCGGCUCCGCCUUCCCGCCGCAGCCUGUCACUGUUGCCCCAUAACGUCCGCGCCGGGGCGGAAAUGCUGCAGCCCGGCCGGGGCCUGCUCUGGCUUGGCCUAUUCCUGGGUUCCCUCCGCACCUCCUUCGAGUCUGCAGCGGCGCCAGGCAGCUCUGCCACAGAUCCUCUGAAUGUCCUUCUAAUCCUCGUGGAUGACCUGCGUCCCUCCCUGGGCUGUUAUGGGGACAAACUCAUCAGGUCCCCAAACAUUGACCAACUGGCAUCCCACAGCCUCCUAUUCCAGAAUGCCUUUGCUCAGCAAGCAGUGUGCGCCCCAAGCCGGGUGUCCUUCCUCACCGGGAGGAGACCAGACACCACUCGCCUGUAUGACUUCAACUCCUACUGGAGGGUGCAUGCUGGAAACUUCUCCACCAUCCCCCAGUACUUCAAGGAGAACGGCUACGUGACCAUGUCGGUUGGAAAAGUCUUUCACCCUGGAGUAUCUUCCAAUCAUAGUGAUGAUUCUCCAUAUAGCUGGUCUAUUCCACCUUAUCAUCCCUCCUCUGAAAAGUAUGAAAACACCAAGACAUGUAGGGGGCCAGACGGAGAACUCCAUGCCAACCUGCUUUGCCCUGUGGAUGUGGCAGAUGUGCCUGAGGGCACCUUGCCUGACAAACAGAGCACUGAGCAAGCCAUACGAUUGUUGGAAAAGAUGAAAACAUCGACCAGUCCUUUCUUCCUGGCUGUUGGGUAUCAUAAGCCACAUAUCCCCUUCAGAUACCCCAAGGAAUUUCAGAAGUUGUAUCCUUUGGAGAACAUCACCCUGGCUCCUGAUCCUCAGAUCCCUGCUGGCCUCCCUCCUGUUGCCUAUAACCCUUGGAUGGACAUCAGGCAGCGGGAGGACGUCCAAGUGUUAAACCUCAGUGUGCCUUAUGGCCCAAUUCCUGUGGACUUUCAGCGGAAAAUCCGCCAGAGCUACUUUGCCUCUGUUUCAUAUUUGGAUACGCAGGUUGGCCGCCUUUUGAGUGCUUUGGAUGAUCUUCAGUUGGCCAACAGCACGAUCAUUGCAUUUACCUCGGAUCAUGGGUGGGCCCUAGGUGAACAUGGAGAAUGGGCCAAAUACAGCAAUUUUGACGUUACUACUCGCGUGCCCCUGAUGUUCUAUGUUCCCGGAAGAACAGUUCCGCUUCUGGAUGCAGGCGAGAAGCUUUUCCCUUACAUCGACCCUUUUGAUUCCAUCUCGGAAUUGAUGGAGCCAGGCCGGCAAACCUUGGACCUUGUGGAGCUUCUUUCUCUCUUCCCCACGCUCGCGGGACUUGCAGGACUGCACGUUCCACCUCGCUGCCCUAUUCCCUCAUUUCACGUUGAGCUGUGCCGAGAAGGCCAGAACCUUCUGAAGUAUUUUCGAUUCCGUGACUUGGAAGAGGACCCAUACCUUCAUGAUAAUCCCCGUGAGUUGAUUGCCUAUAGCCAGUAUCCCCGGCCUGCAGACUCUCCUCAGUGGAAUUCUGACAAGCCGAGUUUAAAAGAUAUAACGGUCAUGGGCUAUUCCAUACGCACGAUAGAUUAUAGGUAUACUGUGUGGGUUGGCUUCAAUCCCAGUGAAUUUCUGGCUAACUUUUCUGACAUCCAUGCAGGGGAACUAUAUUUUGUAGAUUCUGACCCUUUGCAGGAUCACAACAUGUAUAAUGACACCCAAGGUAGAGACCUUUCCCGAUCAUUGAUGCCAUGAGUUUUGCCAACCACAGAGGGCAUAUAUGAUGUGCUCCGUUUCAGCUGGUCAGAGGAGUUAGAGCUAGUUAUUUUGUGAUUACCCAUAAUAUUGGAAGCAACGUGAAGGGUAGGCAAUCAAAACAUGCAUCAGCAAUUUGGCCUGAGAGUAUGUAGCAGCCAAACCUUUUGAUUUCAUCUUUAUUGAUUUCUAAUUGGUGAUUGGACUGGGGCUUGGCUGAACCUUUCUUUCCCUUUUUUUUAUAAACAGUCAUAGAAUGAAUAAGUCAUUGAAUGAAUAAGUACAAAGUUAGCAAACUAAAAUUGUCAUAACCGAACAUAAUACUAUACUCAAGAAAUACUUUAUUUGUGAAAUUUAGUGCAUUUCAAAAAGUAAGCAUGUAUCAAGUUAGGUUCAACACUAAGUUCCUGGUUCUUUUGUCUAUAACUUAAUAAUAUAUCUUAUUUAGCCCAAUAUGUUCAAAAUAUUAUGUCAACAUGUAAUCUAGGUUUCUUUUUAAAAUGUAAAGUUAAAUAAUAAUGUUAGAUGCCAAGGCCUUAAGGUCUAUCUUCAAUUUUUCUUUCUAAGAUCACGAAUGUUCAAAUACAAAGAUAAAAUAUGCAUGAAGUGAUUAAUAUGGAAUUUCUACAUCAAAUAAUAAACAGUGCUCAGUAAGCCAGAGACAUGAGAUGUAUGGGAAAUUCAGUUAAAAUUUUUCAGAGACUUUCUGGCCCAAAUAAUAAUUUGUUAGCAAAUAAUUUGACCCUUGAACCCAAAGGCCGUCUAUUAAAAGGCACUGUUACACAUAAUGGAAAACAUUUAAAGGCCUAACUGUACCCAUGAAUUGAGUCACUCAGAACCAUACUAGUGUUUUCCUUCUUUAGGGAUGGUUGGUUGCAGACAUCCAUUUAUCCAGGAGGCAGGAAAUAUUCUACUCUUAAUUGCUGAUUAAAGACCACAUUAAUUUUAUUAAAUUCUAAAUUAUUUUGAGAAUUGUGAAAACUUUUCAUUAGUAUAAUGUUAGGUAAUUUCAAAUCCCCAGAAUAUAGUUCUAUGUUUCCUAAAUAUGAAAGUAACCAGAAAGGCAAGUGGUCAUAAUAAGCUUAGCCUAUGUCAUUUUAAAAAGGAUAGAAUAUUCACAACUCAUAUUUACAACAUGUUGAAGCCGAUCAAUUAUCAGUAGUCAUCAGAAGAGUCAAGCACUUUCUAAAUAAACAUCUAAUGUAGUCCUAUAUCACAGUGAGUAACUUUUAGUAAUUCUUUCAAGUGCUGCUUCAGUAGUUAAAGGUAAAUGUGAAACAAAAUAUAGCAAAUUAGAUUAAGUUACUGCAAAAUAUUGUAACCAAAAAGGCAAGGUAUUAUAUUAAAAGAUUACUUCAAAUCAGUAAAAUUUCAAAUACUGAUUUUUUUUUUUUUACUAAUUAGCCUAUAAUAGAGUUAUAUAUGGUAACACAACCAUCUUCUAAGCAAUUAAGUGACUUAGUGUUCUGGCAACGACAAUUUCUACUUGAGGAGUGAAGGGCCCUAUUCAUCUUGCUGAUCCUGAAGCUUGUCUCUCUUCUGGAAGCCUCAGUUUUUGGAGAUGGUUUCCCUCAGCCUUUUCUUUCUCCUUCUUCAUCCUCUUUAUCACUCUCAGCACUUCCACUAAGAAUUUCACAAUGCAGUCUAAAUUCCUAAUGACAUAUUUUCAGUGUAUUUAGCAUUAUCUCCUACUGCAUAGUUAUAAGUUUUAACGUAGGCUUUUAUUUCACACCCAUUUCUUGUUCCUGGUUGGCUACAAUAUGUACACUUCAUCAUUUUUUCUUGCUUUAUUUCUUGAAGCACAAUUUUAGUAUCAAAAAUCUCCACAUUCUGCUCUUGCUGAAGUCAUAAGCUGAAUUGUGCUGGGAGAGUGAAGCAACAUGCACGUCAGAUGUGCAGCUGCCAUUUUGGCAGUAAUUCACCUGCAUGACCGAAGCCACAUCCAGGUCUGGGUCUACCUGGGGUGCUUUUGCAUGUCAAUCUGUCUCUGCUGGAAGUGUUUCUGUCUCAUCUUUUCUACGUGAGGGCGUAGCCUCAAUGCUUCAGCUCUCUUUAGGGUUUAGUUUUUCUUGGCGUCCAUUUACGAAUCUCUCCUUUUAGAAGUGAAGGCUGCAUUUCAUGUUCAGUGGCAUGCUCUUCUUACGGGUUAUGGUUGCUUUUUGUGUUUUUGACACUGAACUCAAUAUAGAGCCACUUUUUAUUUCCUUUUGCAUAUCUCCAACACACAUUUGCAUGAGCGGCCACUUUCUGGUUUUCAGAUAUCAAAGCUGGCCACAUUCCUUACCUUGACUCAGCUUAGAGAAACCACAUCUUUGUUGCUUCAUAUACCUUUUCUCCAAUCCCACUGAGUUGCACGUGUUUUGUUAAUGGUUCUCCAAUCACUUUCUUUAUAGAAAUCCCCAUUUCAUUUGAGCAGGGGUUCUUUUAUACAGGUUAGUUGAAACCAGAACUAGUGAUCCCAGAAAUUUGGAAUGGCCCUAAAUCAGUGGCUCGCAAACAUGAGGGUGUACCAGAACCACCUGAAGGGCUUGUUAAAACCCAGUGUGCUGGGUCUUGCCUGUGGAGGUUCUGAUUCAGGGCAUCUGGGGUGAGGUCUGAGAAUUUACAUUUCUGAAAAAUCACACUGCUUCUCCAAAUGCAACACUUUGAGAACUGCCCCUAGGUGUGUGCUGCACAAUAGCCACUAGGCACAUGUGACUAUUUAAAUUUAAGUUAAUUAAAAUGAAGUAAACAUUUCAAAAGCAGAAUCUCAGUUGCACUUGCCAUAUUUCAAGCGCUCAAUAGCUGCAUGUGGUUAGUGGCUACCGUAUUGGACAGCACAGAUCUAGAACCUUUCCCUAGUGGCAGAAAGUUGAUUGAAUGGAGGUGCCCUAGAUUAACUCUGAAUUUGAGCUGGAUCCAUCUGGCUGUUGGCAAGUUCCUCCUGUGGGCUGAUUCUCUACCCCAUGUUUGCCUGCAAAGAUUUGUCUGGAGGUGAGUGAAGUAUGUUUGGUUUAAGUGUAGUGUAGGGAGUUCACUGUGGCAACCAGCCUCUUCCUCUCCUCUCCCAUCGCCAUCUCCCCAGCCCUUCACACCUCCUUCCCAAGUAGUUUCCCUCCCCCUCUUCUUUCCUCCCUUGCCCCUAAAGAAUCCAUGUGUCUUCCUGAAAUCCCUCUUUGAACCUGCCCUUUGAGAACACCAUUAGUGCCUACUUCUGGGUCUACACAGACCUCUGCUGAGCAGUCAGAGUCUUCCCUGACUCCACAAAGCCCCUUUCCUCGGCUGACCAGUUUGCGUACUGGUCCCUGAUUCUCCCUUGCCAAUCCCUGCCUCCCCACCCACCCCUAGGUUGUUGCCUCCUCCCUUCACCAUCCAUUCAUGACCAUUCUUCGCACUCCCAUGCCCCCAGUUCCAAGAGGCUGAGGGUUUGUGACUCUACACUGUAUCAUGGGAUAAAAUGAACGUUUCUAAAGAAUCUUGUGGUCACCUUACUUAAAAAAGGUAUUUUUUAUGGUUAUAAAAUUAAUGUGUUAAUUAUAGAAAAAUUGGAAAACGCAUGUAGUAAAACCUAAGAAAAUGCAUCAGUAUUUUACCCCAAGAGAGUCACUUAAUCUCUUGUCUUUUUGGGAGUAUGAAUUUUUUACAUCAUGACCAUGCUAUGUGCUUUAUCAUUUGAUAUUCUCAUUUUUUCACUGAGUAUAAUAUGUGGUUAUUACAGAUUUUUGCAAAGAUACUUUAUAUUGGUGGUAAUAUAUUUUAUUGUGUAGUUUUAUCAUAAUUUACUUAACCUUCUUUCAAUUAUUGGAAAUUUAGGUUAUUUCCUAAUUUUAGUUAUUAUAAAUAAUGCUGUGAUGAACAACUUUGUGAAUGAAAUGUUUUUGUGUGUUUCACAUUAUCCCCUUAGGAUAGUCUCUCAGUGCCAAAUUGUCAAAAGCAUCUCCAUUUUGCUCCUCUCCCCACUCUCCUGCUACCUUAGGGUAGUAAAACUAAAAGUAAAGCAAACAAGGAUACAAGUAAUAAAAACCACAAAACAAAAAACCCCAACCCCCACGAUAAUAGGUCAAAGUGGUAUCCUGCUUUAGCUUUGAAUUCUUCACUUAUUAGUGACCUUGAUCAUUGCUCUCUGUACGAUUGUUGGGCAUUCGUAUUUCAGGUUGUGUGAAUUUGCCUUUACAUUUUGGUUAUGGGUUUCACUUUUUUAAUUAAUCAAACAAAUUGCUCUUUUCCUAUGUGAUUUUUUUCCUGUUAAACAUGGAGACCCCUCCCAAUCUGGAGAUUGAAUAAAUAUUUAUUUUCCUUUGC